AUGGCCGACAGCAAGACGAUGGCCGACAGCAAGACGAUGGCCGACAGCAAGACGAUGGCCGACAGCAAGACGAUAGUCAACAAGAUGAUGAUCAACAAGAUGAUGGUCAACAAGAUGAUGGUCAACAAGAUGAUGGUCAACAAGAUGAUGGUCAACAAGAUGAUGGUCAACAAGACGGCAGACAGAAGGACGACCAACAUCACGGCGAACAGCAAGAUAACAGCCUGCAAAGCCAGCAGCAGCAAGAACCGUAUCAAGAACAUGAGGAGUAUAAUGAGCAACAAGAUGAGCGACAGAAUGAGCAGCAGGUCGAAAACGAUCAUCAAGACAACCAGGUGCAGCAAGCUGGCGAGGUACAGGAACAGAAAGAUGGAGAACCACAACAAGGAGAGGGAUCUAACACGAGCGACGAUUCACGGGCCGGCGAGGAAGGGGGUCAGGGGGGACAGCACGAUCUCCAGCAAGACGAAGUCGAGGAAGAAAAGGACGAAGAGCCCCAGCAAGAAGAAGGUUAGAAUACAAACAACACAAGUCAUGAUUCAGUCGAGGAACAAGUAG